AAGACUGGAAUGGAUUUUGGUGGUCCUUACAAUAUCAAAAUGUUAAGAGUGAGAAAACCUGUCAUCCGGAAGGCAUAUAUUUUGCUAUUUGUAUGCUUUAUAACUAAAGCCCUGCAUAUUGAGUUAGUCUCAGAUUUGACAACUGAAUGCUUUUUAAGUGCUUUAAAGAGGUUUAUAGCACGUAGGAAUAAACCUAGCAUAAUAUAUUGUGAUAAUGCCAGUACUUACAAAGGGGCUCAAAAUAAAUUAAAUGAUUUGUAUAAAUUGCAAUCUGCCACGGAGCACAAGAACACUGUAGAGCUAUUUGCUGCCGAUCAAGGUAUUUCAUUUAAAUUUAUACCUAGUUAUUCUCCUGUGUUCGGUUCUUUGUGGGAGGCUGGAAUAAAAUCUGUGAAAUAUCACUUAAAACGGGUUGUGGGUGAAACCGUCCUAACAUAUGAAGAGUUAAACUCUGUAAUUGUCCAAAUUGAGGGAAUCCUUAACUCCCGGCCUAUGACGGCCUUGCCUGCAACCAAUGUCAAUGAAACCCCAUAUCUCAGCCCUGCCCAUUUUUUAACUGGUGCGCCUCUCACCACAUAUCCUGAAAAAGAUUGUACUAAGGAGCCUGUUAGUCUCACUAAGUUCUGGGAUCAAUGUAAUCGUAUGGUUCAGAAUUUUUGGAAACAGUGGUACAAACAAUACCUUGUACAGUUACAGAAUAGACCAAAAUGGCGCAAGGACUGUAAAAAUAUAGAAGUAGGUACUUUAGUCAUAGUUAAAGAUGACAAUGUUACACCCUUGAGGUGGCCCAUGGCCAGAGUAGUAGAGGUUUUCCCCGGAGUUGAUGGAAAGGUGAGAGCACUCUCCAUUAGGACACCUAAAGGGUCUGUCAUACGAACAAGUAUAUAUAAAGUUUGUGUUCUGCCAAUAGAUAUUUAAUUAUGUUUAAUUACCAUAGUCUUUUAAUUAUAAGAAAAACCUUUGCGGUUGGGAAUAUGUACAAGACGGUACAUAAUAAUUAUAUGUAAUGACAUCUGUCAAAGCGUUCAGUACAGAACUUACCGCAUACCUAGCACAGCGUGCUAGCGGUUGAACUUAAUAGAUUAAGCUUAUAAAAGUUGUAGUAGUUAGAAAAGUGGAAAUACAGUUCUUCAUUCAAUAAUAA